UUUGUGCCGCCCCCCUCCCCCGGGGCCCAUCAGCCUACGAGGGAUUCCCCGCUGGCCUCUUGUGAAGAAGGGACGUGCAGUGGGGCGACCAAACUUCGCCUCUCUUCUGAAUGCCAACGAGUGUUCGUCUACACUGGCCACGCCCGUGAUCUCUGCUGUUCCUCGCCUGCUCCUCCUGCUGGAUCCAGAAUGGCUGCCUGGUGCUACUGCCUCCUAGCCUUCCUGAUAAGGAGUCUCUCUGGGACCCCUUCCAACUCUCCAGGUGAAUCAAGGAACCCUUGGGUCACAGCUCCAGUGGCCCCUGGAGAGGUAGUGGAGACUGCAGACGAGGUGUGCAAGUUCCCAGGGCAGCGGCUGAGCUGGUGGCAGGCCCAAGAGUCCUGUGAGCAGCGGUUGGGCCACCUGGUACUGCCACCCCCACAUGGGCUCCUUGCUGCACGGCUGCCUGACCCCAUCUGGGUGGGCCAAAGAGAAGCCCCUCUGCGAAGACCCCCGCAGAGGCGCGCGCGCGCCACGGCCGCACUGAUGUUCGGGGAGAGAUCCGCGGACCUGGCUGCUAGACUUCGGACGCCUCUGCCCGAGCUGGGGGAGCUGACAGCGUGCGCGCACGUGCAGUGGGAUGCCACCUCGUCCGACCCAGCAGCACUCUUCUCGCUGGCUGUGCCCACGCUGGCCAACGCGCUGCAGCUGCGAGCCUUCGCUGAGCCGGCCGGCGCCGUGCACGCGGCGCUAGUGGUGCGCGGGCAUCACGCGCCCUUCCGCGCUGCCUUCCGCGCAGACGGCCGCUGGCACCACGUGUGCGCCACGUGGGAGCAGCUCGGCGGGCGCUGGUCGCUGUUCGCCGAUGGGCGGCGACGCGCUGGGGCGCGGGGCCUGGGCGCCGGCCACCCUCUGCCACCUGGCGGCAUCCUCGUGCUGGGCCAGGACCAGGACUCUCUGGGCGGCGGCUUCUCAGCGCGCGACGCCUUCAGCGGCAACCUCACCGACUUCCACCUGUGGGCCCGCGCGCUGAGCCCCGCGCAAAUGCUCCGGGCACGGGCCUGCGCGCCGCCCCCCAGCGGCCUGCUUUUCCGCUGGGAUCUGGGCGCCCUGGACGUCACACCCUCGCUGCUGCCGCCGGUGUGGGUGCAGCUUCUCUGUCCAGUGCCCUCAGAGGAGUGCCCUACGUGGGACCCAGGACCCCACACCGAGGGCUCUUUGCUCUGCCUGCAGCCGCUGUCCUUCCUCUGCUGCUACCGGCCAGAGAAGUACCGGCGGCUGCAGGACGCCCAGUCGUGGCCUGGCCAGGAUGUUAUCAGCCGAGUCAAUGCCUUGGCCAACGCUAUUGUGCUCCUUCCUGACCCUCUCUCUGAAGCCCACGGAGACCUGUCCCUGACCGAGGCCGCCAGCUUCCUGAGCAUCCUGGAGGGAGUCCUGGCAAAGGAGACAGCUCCACUGGGGCCAGCAGCACUGCUGGCUGUCCUGCGCUUUCUGAAAAGAGUGGCCGCCCUUGGGACGUGGGAGCCAGAGCCCACGACAGGGCCCUGGGAGCAGCUGGGCCAGGCUGUCAUGUCUGUAGCCAGCCUGGUCCUGGAGGAGCCGCUGGCUGGUGCGUGGCUGUCAGUCAGUGAGGUGGUUGGCGGACCCAUGGCCUUGGUGGCAAGUGUGCAGCGCCUGGCACCCCUGCUGAACUCCAUGCUGACCUCUGAGCGGCCUCGAAUGCACCUCCAGUACCACCAUGCUGGCCUGGAGGUGCAGCGCCUACGCCUGAGGGAGGCCAUCACGGAGGGCUACGUGUUCACGGUGCCCGGCGGGCAUCCAGAGGGGCCCGGCCACAUCCGCAUCCCCGCUGCUGAAGUGAGGCGGCUCCUCGGGAAAGGCCUCUCUGGAGUCACCGUGAUCCACAGCUGGUUUAGCUCGAGUGUCUUCCAGCACACCCUGGGGGCCCCUGGCCAAGAGCCACGGGCUCCAGACAGUCCUGAAGAAACAAGCAGAAUGCAGAGAUUCCUAAGCACCCAGGUGGGGUCAGCCAUCAUCUCCUCUGAGGUGUGGGAUGAAACUGGGGAGGCCAACACAGCUGUGACCUUUCACCUGCAACACCAGACCCAGAGCCCUCUGUCCCCUACUCACCCAAGCCCAGACUCAGGGGGCUCCUGGGCCACCACUGGCUGCUCCGUGACUGCCCUGUACCAGGGCUCGACCAUCUGCUUCUGCAACCACAGCACCAACUUUGCCGUCCUGUUGCAGGUGUAUGACGUCCAGAGAGGCCCUGAGGAGGAGUCACUGCUGAGGACGCUCUCGUUUGUGGGCUGUGGUGUGUCCUUCUGUGCCCUCUCCACCACCUUCCUGCUCUUCCUGGCGGCUGGGGUCCCCAAGUCAGAGCGGGCCACGGUCCACAAGAACCUCACCUUCUCCCUGGCCUCCGCUGAGGGCUUCCUCAUGGCCAGCGAGUGGGCAAAGGCCAGCAAGGUGGCCUGCGUGGCCGUCACAGCUGUGAUGCACCUUCUCUUUCUGGUCGCCUUCUUCUGGAUGUUGGUGGAGGGGCUGCUGCUGUGGAGCAAGGUGGUGGCCGUGAGCAUGCGCCCGGGCCCUCGGAUGCCACUCUACUACGCCACGGGCUGGGGUGUGCCUGUGGCCAUCGUGGCCAUCACCCUGGCCAUGUCCCCGCAUGACUACGUGGCCACUGGGCACUGCUGGCUCAACGUGCACACAGACGCCAUCUGGGCCUUUGUGGGGCCCGUGCUCUUCGUGCUGACCGCCAACACCUGCAUCCUGGUCCGCGUGGUGAUUGUCACCGUAUCCAGUGCCCGCCGCCGCGCCCGCAUGCUGAGCCCGCAGCCCUGCGUGCAGCAGCAGCUCAGGAUCCAGAUGUGGGCCACGGUGAAGCCGGUGUUGGUCCUACUGCCUGUCCUGGGCUUGACUUGGCUGGUGGGCUUGCUGGUGCACCUCAGCCCUGCCUGGGCCUACGCCGCCGUGGGCCUCAAUUCCCUGCAGGGGCCGUACAUCUUCCUGGUCUAUGCCGCCUACAACGGAGAGGUCCGGAGCGCCCUGCAGAGGAUGGCUGAGAAGAAGGCAGCAGAGGCAUUCACGGGAUCCCAGCACUGA